AUGCCGACGAAUGCCAAUGGCGCGAGUUCUGGCUUGCGAUCCCCGACAGCGUCGACACAAUUAUUGAAUUUGCAAUCGCCAGCAGAAUUCCGCCAGCCCGCGCCAUUUCAACACCACAGUCACCACUCUUCCUUAUCAUCGUCAUCCGCAUCACCACCUCUGCAUCACAAUCCCCUUUCCAACGUUGCACCUGCACCUGCACCUGCACCUGCACCGUCGACAUCGGCGAUUUUGACGCGACCUCCGAUCCCAUUUAACACGGGCGCGUCUGCGCACUACACCACCCGCCCCGGAUCUGAAUCUGUAGCUGUAUCACCGCUGCCAGCGCCAUCGUCGCUAUCAACGGGCCUACCACCUCUGGCUCCUCCGUCAGGAGCCUUGGGGCCCAUCAUGGCAUCGCAUGGCACAAACGGUGGAGGUGCACCCCAUCAUGCAUCACCGUUGCAGCCGCCGCGAACAUCGGGUCGCCUUUCCUCCUCGGAGUACCAGCAACCAGCUCGAGAGAAGACCUCGGGUAGCUUCUACGACCCCUUGACGGAUACUACAAAAGAGAGAAGACCAUCGAACUCAUGGUCGAGCAACAAGCCGCCAAAAAUCGAGUCAAGUCACUACCGUAAUGGAUAUGGCUCGCCUGCCUCACCAGUGAAUGCAACAAAUCUCCCCCCACGAACGCGAAGCCCCCAUUCACAUUUACACUCACACUCUCAUUCCGAUUCACACUCGCAUUCGCACCCCAAGAACACCAACGGCCACAGUGCCGAUCCUGCAAGCCCAACCAACAAGGCGCUCAAUCUCACAUCAUCUCCCUCGCGUCAUCGACCUGCGCAAGAAUCUUCCGCUCGACAGUCAACUAAAACACCAGCUGUAUCAAUGUCAUCGAUAUUGAACCCUGAGCCAGCAGCAGCUCCUGCUCCUGCCCCAACGCCAACUGCUGCUUCUAGUACACCAAGUCGUGCGGCAGACCUUAUGUCUUUUUCAAAUAUUCUUUCGAGCGCCGAACCGCUUCCCAAGCCCAGCCGGCCCGCCAUCAUGGCAGAAAAGAAGGAGAAACCUGCACGUAAAAGCAAAGGCCGCGAGUCACAUCUGCGCGAUGCAGAGGUCAAGAAGGUCUCGCGUCGUUCCUCGAAUGCUCCCAACGAAGUGGCUGGCAGAGGCGCCAAGCGCCAGUCUAAUGGGCAGGCCAAGCCGAAACAGCUAUCCGUAGAAAAGGAGAAGAAGAUCGAGAAGCUGCUUGAACAAUUUGAUUCCCAGGCCGAUGAUGUCGACUUGUCCGAGCUCGAAAUCGAGCAUGAAUUCUAUCUUGGCCGCGGUAAGCGACGUCGCCUCGAGCUGGAGAAACUCGAGAGCCAAGACAACGAGACACGCCGCUCUGAUACCGUCAAAUACUCGAGCAAGAGGCUUGCUGCCCAAGCUGUGUCUGGCAAGAGACGCUAUGACGACUUGCACUACGAAGAAGCUCUACAAGAGGUUCGUGAGCGUGAGGUCUACGCCGAAAAGGAGCGCAAGAAGGAUAUGCAGCGCAAACGUCGUCGUGAAAAGUCGAUGCAGGUUACCAUUGAGCAAAAGGAAGCUGCUUUGGCCCGCGCAUUAGCUGCCGAGGACGAAGGCGAACGACAGAAGCACCUUCGUGAGGCCGAGCGUGCUAAUAAGAAGGCUCAGCAAACCAAGUUGAUUCUACAGAAGGGCAUCAAAGGGCCUGCGCGCAACCUUGCUCCCGCCGACAUCAACAUGGAGGGUGGUACUCAGCUGGUCCUUUCCUUAGGAAGCGAUGCAGAACCUGGUACCAAGGGUAAGGGUAAACGUUCUGGCACCCGACCCAAGAAGUCUAAGGAACAAAAGCAGGCCGAGAAGGAUGCUGCCGAAGCUGCUCAAGCAGCUAUCGAUGCCGGCGAGGAGCUGCCUCCUGCCAGAGAAGAGCAAAAGAUCCGGAUCAAGCUCAGCAAGAGCACUUCAAACCUCAGGGAUAUCAGAGACAAGGAAAGGGAGUUAUCCGAGGACACCGUCAGGGAAUCCAAGGAGAAGGUCGUUGAGGAGCUGCCGGCUAACCCUCUGGAAUCCAAGUUCCAAUCCAAGGGUUACAAUCAGAUCUAUGAUCAGAUCUGGAGAGACCUCGCCCGGAAGGAUGUCACUCGUACUUACAAGCUUGCUGUUGACUCAUACGCGACCAAGGCUUCGAACCUGAAGAAGACUGCCAUCCUUGCAUCGAAGGAAGCUAAGCGCUGGCAGCUACGUACGAACAAGGGCACCAAGGACCUCCAGGCCAGAGCUAAGCGAUGUAUGCGAGACAUGAUGAGCUUCUGGAAACGCAACGAGCGCGAGGAGCGUGAUCUUCGCAAGGCUGCUGAACGACAGGAAAUCGAGAAUGCACGCAAAGAGGAAGCCGACCGCGAAGCAGCCCGUCAAAAGAGGAAGCUCAAUUUCUUGAUUUCGCAGACCGAGCUGUACUCCCAUUUCAUUGGCAAGAAGAUCAAAACAGACGAGGUCGAGCGGAGCACUGAUAACCCCGAAAUUGCACCAGCUGGCGAUGUUCCAUUGGCGGAGAAGAAGGACAUCGAUGAGCCUACAGGCCCGGUCGGCGCCAAAGUUACUAACUUCGACAACCUCACCUUUGAGGCCGAAGAUGAAGAGACGUUGCGCCAGGCCGCUGUGGCCAACGCCCAGAAUGCUAUUGCUGAAGCCCAGGCAAAGGCACGUGCGUUCAACAAGAAGGAUAAUGACAUGGAUGAGGACGGCGAAAUGAACUUCCAGAACCCAUCCGGAAUGGGUGAUGUCUCGAUCGAACAACCCAAGCUACUCAACUGCCAGCUCAAGGAAUACCAAAUCAAGGGCCUCAACUGGCUUGCCAACCUCUAUGAACAAGGCAUCAACGGUAUUCUGGCAGACGAGAUGGGUCUCGGCAAAACCGUUCAGUCCAUAUCAGUCAUGGCGUACCUGGCAGAGGUUCAUGACAUUUGGGGUCCGUUCCUGGUAGUUGCACCAGCAUCGACGUUGCACAACUGGCAGCAGGAGCUUCAAAAGUUCGUGCCGGAUCUCAAAUGUCUUCCAUAUUGGGGUACUGCAGGCGACCGGAAGAUUCUUCGCAAGUUCUGGGAUCGCAAGCACAACACGUAUAGAAAAGAUUCGCCGUUUCACGUUCUGGUCACCUCUUACCAGAUGGUAGUCUCCGAUGUCGCAUACUUCCAGAAGAUGCGCUGGCAAUACAUGAUUCUGGACGAGGCCCAAGCCAUCAAGAGCUCCCAGAGUUCACGUUGGAAGUGUCUUCUGAGUUUCCACUGUCGUAAUCGGCUGUUACUGACCGGUACACCCAUCCAGAACAAUAUGCAGGAACUUUGGGCUUUGCUCCACUUUAUCAUGCCUUCGCUUUUCGAUUCGCAUGAUGAAUUCAGCGAGUGGUUUUCCAAGGACAUCGAGUCUCACGCGCAAAGCAACACAACGCUUAAUGAGGACCAGCUUAAGCGGCUGCAUAUGAUCCUCAAGCCAUUCAUGUUGCGACGUGUGAAGAAGCAUGUGCAGAAGGAACUCGGAGACAAAAUCGAACUUGACGUCUACUGUGACCUGACGUAUCGUCAACGCGCCUACUACCGCAAUCUCCGCAACCAGAUCAGCAUCAUGGAUCUCAUCGAGAAGGCCACACUUGGAGAUGACCAGGAUUCUGGUACAUUGAUGAACCUCGUCAUGCAGUUCCGAAAAGUUUGCAACCAUCCAGACUUGUUUGAGCGAGCUGACACGGCGAGCCCUUUAUUCUCUGGGCACUUCGCCGAGACAGGAUCCUUCCUGCGCGAGGGAUCCAACGUUUCAGUUGGAUACUCGACGCGGUCUCUCAUCGACUAUAAUCUGCCGCGCCUGGUAUCAACUGGUGGCGGAAGAUUGUACAAGGCUGGUAAGGAUAACGUCAAGGCUGGGUUCAGGAACAAGUACCUGAAUCACCUCAUGAAUAUUUGGACGCCAGACAAUGUUCGGGAGAGCACGAGUGACAAUGGUGCAUUCUCGUUCCUGCGCUUUGCCGAUGCCAGUCCGAAUGAGGUCUACAAGGCCAGUCAUACAGACGUCUUCGCCCGUGCGGCCAAUCUAGUCAGGAAGGAGAACAGACUUGGCCACAUGAACGUCAUUUAUGAUGAGCCGGAAGAUGAGACUUACACACCUGCGCAUGCUCUAUUCCAGAUCAGGGCUCGGGCAGAUCGCAAACCUCUCGCUGAUGUCGCAAACGAGGGCUUUCUUAACAAACUCAUGAACAUUUCCAGAGCGGACUGGAAAGAUUCAAGCUUGAGCCGGCUUGAACAAGCGGCACUGCCUGGAGCGACUGCCCCACCGGUUCAACUUACUUCUGAAGGUACCCGAGGACCAUUAGUGGAGCGCGAGGAGACACUGUUUAAUGUACCCAUCCGACGAGCUCUAUACGGACCAACUCCUAUCGAAGAGAAAUCCCUUGUCACGCAGAAAUACCCAGUCGAGCGCUAUCCUCCGCCGGCAAUGCUGCCUGCGCCCGACAACGACAAGAAACGUUUCACUAACAUCACUGUCCCGAGCAUGCGCCGCUUCGUCACUGAUAGUGGCAAGCUUGCCAAGCUGGAUCAGCUGCUUUUCAAACUCAAGGAGGAAGGCCAUCGUGUGCUACUGUACUUCCAGAUGACUCGUAUGAUUGAUCUCAUGGAGGAAUACUUAACAUACCGAAACUACAAAUAUUGUAGGUUGGAUGGUUCGACCAAGCUAGAGGAUCGUCGAGAUACAGUGGCGGAUUUCCAGACCCGACCUGAAAUCUUCAUCUUCUUGCUGUCUACCCGUGCUGGUGGUUUGGGUAUCAACCUGACGUCCGCCGACACUGUUAUUUUCUACGACAGCGAUUGGAACCCCACCAUUGACUCGCAGGCCAUGGACCGAGCUCAUCGUCUUGGCCAGACGCGUCAAGUUACCGUCUACCGUCUUAUUACACGCGGAACCAUCGAAGAGCGUAUUCGCAAGCGAGCAUUGCAGAAGGAAGAAGUGCAACGCGUUGUCAUCACAGGUGGCAGUUCGCGUGGCGUCGAUUUUAGUGGCCGUCGUCCCGCCGAGAAUAGAAACAAAGAUAUUGCUUUGUGGCUGGCGGAUGAUGAUCAGGCUGAGAUGAUCGAGCGCCGGGAGAGAGAGUUGCUUGAGAGUGGGGAAAUAGAGAAGCAGGCCAAGAAGCGAGGUGGUGGUAAGAGGAAGCGCGAAGCAGUCAGUUUGGAUGACAUGUACCACGAGGGAGAGGGACAUUUCAACGACGGCGACAAACCUUCUGGUACUGCCACUCCGGCCGAGGGCGAUACUCCGGCAGCACCUGCUGCGAAGAAACGGCGUGCUGGCGGCAAGAAAGCCAAGACAGCAAAGCAGAGACUUGCCAUUGCUGAUGGGGAGGUUGACAUAUAA